UUCAUGUGAAAAUAACAAAGACGUAAGCCUUGGCCAGUACAAGUAGUCUGAGACACCGGGACCACGGCUGUGCAUUCUAGAGUCCGCAACAAUAGCAUUGCGACACCACGUUGAUUUUCAGUUGGUACUCGUAUGCGAUCGUAUCUCUUGAGACUGAUUCGCUUUCGACCAUCACGCUUUAGCUUUUACACAAGACUCCCCGCAACAAACAACAAAUAUGCCAAAAGGUAAACCGAAAAAACGCAAUCCUAAUAUGUACCACGGCUCCACGAUACCACAACCGCGCAGCAUGGCUCCCCAAGCUGUUGCACACAAGCGCGGCGGCACGCACCGUGUCAAAGAUAGUGAUCGAACAGACUCCAUAUAUGACAACUAUAACUACAAGGAACUCCUUGACGCGACCAAGGAGCGGGCCCUGUAUCGCAAAGACAUGAAGAAGGUUGAAAUGGCAAAGGCGCUGAAAGAUGACGACACUGAGAGGCGAAGGGCCGAGCGCCACGCAAUCGUUGAGCGGGAAAAAAAGCAACAAGAAGAGAAGAAGGCCCAGCAGAAACGAGAUGCUGAGCGCCAGGCAGCAAGCAAAGCGUAUCACGAACGCAGGAUUAAGAGAGAAGAGAGAAGAGCACGCUGCGAGAUGGUCAGUGAUGAUAGUUUGAGUGACGCCGAACCGGGAGAAGAGCAUGCAGGAUUAGAUGUCGUAAAUGAGUAUACGUCCGAAAAGAUUGGUUACGUGGUCAGCGACGAAUCUUGGGAUAGCACAUCCUCCGAAUCAACCGUCAGAUCCGUGAACCAGCCUAUCAUCCCUGACUGCAAGCUUCGCCUCUUCGAGUGGCCGUACUCACACAUGCCGGUAACGAAUCCACUUCCCAUGCUGCCAACCUCUCCAGAUCGACAUAGACAAAAUGUCCUCCUAGAACGCCUACCGUGGACGGUUCCCUAUGCGCCACUAAAGGUUAUUACGACCGAGACUAAGCAGAAAUUAUUUCUCCCUGGUCAGAAGUAUCCUGCGGGCGUCAACCCUGACUACGUCCCCGUACUGUCUCUGCAGACGAGAAGUGCGGCCCGCAACGGCAUAUUGGAGGGCGUUCUGCGCAAAGCAACCAUUGAAAAAGCUGCUCAUUGGGCCGAGCGCACGCAAGUUCAAGGGUGGAAUGCGCGAAUGUACUUCAAUCUCCCCGCGCGGAACGAGUUUAAGGACCUCGCGGAGACAUACGUCAAAUGGAACUUGGAGAAUCGAAAGUUGCUCAGGGUCAAGGGGCGCGGUGAUGGCGUACCGGCUGAUCGAGAAAGGCGCCAUGCACAAAGGUACAUAAACAAAGAGAAGAAAACGAUGGAAGUGUAUGAGGCCUCCCAAUAUCGCCCACUAGCUGUGUGUUAUAUUCCCUCGUACCUGGACUUCGACUCUAAUCCACGAAGAGGAGAUCAUAAACACCCCGGGAAAUACUGCUCCUUGGAGAAUUUGUUUUUCAUUCGUUUCCCGGGCUGUGAUUUACCCCACUACUAUUUCUGGACACGAGUGGGAGAGUGGGAGGAUCCGACAGUACCCAAUGCGGGGUGGGAUCGUACGAAGGUACAAGAAAAGCCAUUCGUUGAAGUAUCCACGUCUGAAGAUUCAGAUACCCAAAAGAACACACGACGACCUGCCCGGAAACAACCAUACAACCCUUGGAAGGCUCCCUUUAAACGCUGGAUCAGAGUGAAGAAGCCAGAUGCUAUACAGGGUAGCUCCGUUACAUCGGAGCAAACUAAAUUCGCCACUACGUUGACAAAAGUCGAGCAUGAGCUCUACUCCCACGGCCUCGCAGCAACACUAGGCAAAUACAGGACAAAAUGGGCUGCGAAUAGAAAAUUACACACCUGGAAAAUCUUCGCUCACGCUUUACCGGGGUUAUACCCGAGCGGUCAGAUUCCAGAUGCGCCUCCUGUGGAAACACAUGCUGGAACCAACGUGGCCAUCAAACUGGCUAUGAUUGAUUCCUUGGGCGAAGAUGGCAAGACGCCAUUAAGUCCACUGAAGGGUCAUGAACCGUGGACACGGGACGAUGAUAAGUUCUGGGACGUUGUGGAAGUUGAUGUGGAGGAGACAGAGAUGAUGGCAGAAGAAGACAUACCGGAAGAGCUCGAGUGCUCUGAAGACGCUCUGUAUCGCCGAUUUAGUAUUACAUCUCACGAGAGCCAUGAGCAGAUGGCCAAUUGGCUGCACCAAAUCAGUCCUUCGUAUGUCCCGCCGACGCCGACGAGCCUUCCUACGACACCAUCAGCAGAAGACGUGAACUUUAAAGAGAGGCAUGAAUGGGAAGAUAGAUUCCUUAGGCUUCCUGACAACGAUACGAGUGCUACAUGCCCAUUCUGCUGUAUAGCGUGGGAAACCAUGAGUUCUGAGGCGAAAGCAGACCACAUGUUGUCCCAUUCUGACAAGACGGACGUUCGUGCUCGACGCUCCCCGGCAGAACAGACUCUGCUCUUCUCCCUGCCUCACGCAGGCCGAAAACUGAACCGUCGAACGUUGGCAACCAAUAACAGCUUCUUUGAUGCUAGCAUGGACGGAGACAUCGAUACUCCCAUCACCUCGAAACCUCCCAAGCGCGCUUCUCGCCCCAGCACUAGUAAAUUCAAAGUUCGCCGUCCGUCAGCUGAGAUCUAUACACCCGUGUCGCCGUCGACCCACGACCCAUUCCUUACUGAUCACGACAAGGAACUAUCGAAUCUAAAGGGACGCACGAAAUUUUCUUAUUCAAAUUAUCGUAUUCGGCCGGUAGCCUUGUCGACGUCUUCGGUUGGUCUCACACCUAUGCAGAGGAGAAGGAGGAAAACUAAAGGGUCUGCUGAUGUUGAUGCAUCUACGGUAGUUCAAGAGAAGAUACACAAUAUGAGUGUUGUAAAACCUGAGGCUUCAUUAGUAGAUGACAACAGGAAGAGGAAAGCCAGAGGAGAUGAUCUAGGCAUCGAGCGGGAUGCCAAACGGCCGAGAAGUAGGUUGGUGCAAAGUAGUAGCGUAAGCGGAUGGUGCGCUGUUAUGUAGAGAAGGUAUCAGGAAUUUGGGAGCACCGUGUCUGGUUUUUCUUGAUCUAUCGAUGAAUCCUCUUUC